AUGAGCGACAACAAGAGUGCUUCUAUCCCCCUUGGUGGUGUAUGGAGAGCUACCGUUUCGGCAAGAAGAAAGGAAGGCUUGACGAAGGAAGAAUUCUCUCGUCGAUUUGGUCUUCACGGAAAAUUGGCCGGGCCAGUUGUGUUGAAGCAUAACGGCAUCUCCUACCUACAGCAUCACCUGGCGGACACUUUGGCAACCAAGUUUAAGGAAGAGCUCGGUCCCCAGCUCGCACCGCACUUUCCCAUUGCUGAGAUUGAUGGCAUCACCACUCUCAUAUUCCCAACUGCCAAAGACCUGGCUGCAUUCUUUGCCGAUCCUGCUCACAGUGAGACUUUGAAUCCCGAUGUAGCGGAGUUUGCAGAUGUCACGUCGGUGCAGUUUUCUGUAGGAGACGAAUUGGUUGUGGUUGAAGGUGGCAAACUGUUGCUUUGA